CAGCGACAGCCGGGCAGGUGCCCAAAAACCGCAAGCACGGCUGACAUCAGUCCCGGGCUCCGGGCUUCCCCCCAAACUCAAAGCCCUGCUACGGUGCCACCCAUGUCCGCCGCCGCCGCCGCCGUCGCCCGCGCCGCGCGCCGGUACUUCUCGUCUCGGCUCCACACCACCACCACGCGCCUUCUCCAUGCAAGUGAUUCCCAGGCAGCGCCGCGGGAGGCAUCCGGGAGCUUCAUCCACCCCGCCGCCGUCGUCCACCCCGAUGCAGCCAUCGGGCAGGGUGUCUCGAUAGGUCCCUUUUGCACAGUUGGGCCUUCAGCCAGAGUUGGUGACGCCUGUCAAUUACAUGCUGGGAGCCAUGUCGUGGGAGAUACCGAGCUAGGGGAGGGAUGCGUUGUUCAAACUGGUGCUAUCCUUGGUGCAGAUAUCCCUGGGCGGACAAUUAUUGGGGAAAACAAUGUCAUUGGACACUAUGCUGUUGUUGGUGCAAAAUGCCAAGAUUUGAAAUAUAAGACUGGAGAUGAAUGCUUUCUACAUAUUGGUAGAAAUAACGAGAUCAGAGAGUACUGCUCUAUUCACCGUUCUUCUAAAUCUUGUGACUGCACGGUUAUUGGUGACAAUAAUCUCGUUAUGGGUUCGUCCCAUAUAGCUCAUGAUUGCAAGAUUGGUAACAAUAACAUCUUUGCUAAUAAUACUCUAUUUGCUGGCCAUGUAGUUGUUGAAGAUUGGACUCACACUGCAGGGGCUGUUGUUGUCCAUCAAUUUUGUCAUAUUGGGUCAUACUCAUUUCUUGGCGGAGGCUCUGUGGUUGCACAAGAUGUGCCAAGGUACAUGAUGGUUGCAGGUGAUAGAGCAGAGCUCCGCGGUCUGAAUAUUGAAGGUCUCAAGCGCAACGGAUUCUCCGACCAAGAGGUCCGUAGGUUGAGGAAAGCUUAUCAGAAAGUAUUUAUGCCAACUAUUACUAACAAGAGUAGCUUUGAAGACAGACUGGCUGAGUUGGAGCAAGAAAUUGAGUUGUCAGAAUCUCCUGCUGUAUCCUGCAUGGUCGAAUCGAUCCGCAUGUCGUUUGUUCAAGGACAUCGAGGGAUUUGCAAAUUCAGAAGUUGGAACAGCUCAUGAAUGUGCCAAUUCUUAAAUUUGCCUGGCAGUUACCUCAGACAUUACUUAGGUGCAUAUUCAAUUUUGCCAUCGAUCUACUAUACCCGAACAGAUGGAUACAUUGCCAAGACAGUGAAAAUUGGAUUAGGUAAUCCAUGUCAAACCUGGGUGACCAACAAGAUGUUCUUUGCAUCCAUGUAUGGGACAUUCUAGAAGCCCCGUAUAUGUAUGAAUUUUCACGGUACCCCUAGUUGUGUGUUAAUUUACAGGGAAUUCUAGAUUUGUGCAGAAUGUACAUGUUGUGCAGAAUGUACAUGUUGGCUUGGAAUUCUGGAUUCGUUUAGCUAAUAAUCUAUGGCAGAAAGUAUGGCAGAAAGUACUGUUUACUAAGGGCCUGUUUAGAUCCUAAAUAUUUACAUCCCAAAACUUUUGGCUGUAAACUUUACAUUUAAAUAGGUGUUUAGAUGUUUCCCAAAUUUUUUGGUUAACAAGACA